AUGCUUCCGGCGCUGAGACCUCGCCUCCGCCUCCCCCUCGCCCACCUCUGCCGCCGCCUCUCCUCGUCCUCGUCCGCUUCCGGCGAGGGAGCUCCCCCCGUCGCCCCCACGGACGCCGCGGCGAAGGCGCGGGAGGCGCAUGCGGCGCGGAUGGAGGCGUACAAGAAAGUGCAGGAGUUCGACUGGUCCAGCGGCGCUGAUUGGAAGACGGCCGCCAACAUCCUCUUCACGGUGCCCCCCAAGCGCAAGGAGUUCGGGCUCGACUUCCACCUUGUACAGCUCUUCUUUGUUUGCAUGCCCUCACUAGCUGUCUAUUUGGUAGCCCAGUAUGCGCGAAGUGAGAUCAAAAGGAUGGAAGCGGAAGCAGAAGUAAAAAGGAAAAAAAUCGAGGAAGUAGAGAAACAGAAACAACUUGAAGCCGACUCUGUUAAGGAGGAUGCCGAUUCGAAGCUGGCAACGGUUUUAGUCAGGUUAGAUACAUUAGAGGGUGUCGUUAAGGAAAUUGCAGAGGACAAAAUGAGAAGUCCUGCCCAUACGAAAGAGGAAUCUCUGAAGAAAGGUGAGACAUCAUCUCCUGAUAAGGCCUCUGCUUCAAAAAGCGAUGGAAGUGAUAGUCAGCUAGCGUCAGUCAAGAUUAAGGACAUCAAGGAUGCUACUAAUGCUCCGCCAGAUGCUGACACAGCAGGACACUAA